UACCGAGGCGCAGACAGAGAUGGAUGGUGGGCGACGAGUCACUGGCAGAGAGGAGGGAAGCAGUUGGGCAUCCAGGCAGGGGAAAACCAAACCCCAUCCGUAUAUGGAUGCAGCAGAUAUCGCAAGCCAGCAGGCAGGAAUAUCCCACGCUGUCACGUACGAGUAUACAGAAACUAUAGUAGUAGUAGUACUGGGUGGGGGUGGGUACCAAAUUACCAAACCCAACCCACUCCCAGCUCCUCUUUUCCCCGUCUCCGGCCUAUCCCCACUGCACCGGAGUAUCAAUAUAGGAGUAGCUAGACUCCUACUCCACAGCUAGCUAGGAUAGCUACCGGCUGCUAGUACAAGUAUAGUAUAGCCACCAGCUGCAGUGCCGGUCGCCGCCCGCCUGCGAACUUACUCCAGCUCGUAUACUAGCUAGCUCCCUCUCCAAUCUCCAUCCCUCCCUCCCUCGCGGCCGCUAUACCAGACUUGGACAGUGCUGCUACCACUGACUGCCUUCCUCUGGCCCUGCUCGAGUUAAGGCUUGAUUUGGUUCAACAGAUUCGAACAGAGGAAUAACCAACUCCUCUGGCCGGCUGAGGAUUGAUUGGUUUUUGUUGGUUGGUUGGUUGAUUUGGGUGGCUGCCAUGAGUGGCAAGGAGCAGCAGCGAGGGCGGAUGGUGGACCGGUUCAUCGUCAUCCCCUUCUCCUCCAACUGCCGCUCCGCCUCCAGCGUCGACGUCGUCGUCGCCCAACAACAAGCCUCGCGCCACGCAAACAAGCAACCCCAACAAGCCCAAGGCGGCGAGGGGGUGUCGUCAGGCGGCGCGGCGGGGAAGGCGGCGGGCAAGCAGCAGGGGGAGCAGCCGCUGUCGCUGGUGGCGAGGCUGCUGAGGGGCUUCAAGAACCUGUCCCAGAUCUUCGCCGUCUACGACGAGGACGACGAGGAAGAAGAUGAGGACGAACAAGAGAUGGUGAUCGGGCUGCCGACGGACGUGAAGCACGUGGCGCACAUCGGCUGGGACGGCAGCACCAGCACCACCACCAGCGUCCGCUCCUGGAACCGCGCCCCUCCUCCUCCUCCGUCCUCCUCCGCCGCCGCCGCCGCUUCGACAUCUUCCUCCUCCGCCGCCACGGUCACUCCACCGCCGGAGCCGGUGUCCGUGCGGCAGUUCGAGGUGGCCAUGGCGGCUCAGGCCUCUGCCGCCGCCGCCACCAGCGCCACGGCCGGCACAAGCAGCGGUGCCGGUCGACAUCGGCACAGCUAAAGCCAGGGCGCGCGCGUGUCAGGACGGACGGGGGAUGAUUAAGCUGCUAAGCUAAGCUUGGGCGGUGGGGGUCGUUAUCGUCACGGGCCCUUGUCUCUUGCUCACGGCUCGCUUUGAUUAAUCCUUCUCCCGUCAGAAAGAGCUGGAGCCGGUGCUGGGUCAGUUUGGUCCGACCCGCGUGCCGUCCUUGGUCUCGUGUACGUAGCCAUUUUACCGGGGAUUUUUGUUCGCUUCUUCUUGCUCGUUUACAGAUGAUACUACUACCGUUCCUUUUCUUUAAUUUACUCUUUUCACUUGGCUGUCA